GCGCUGCUGCGCCUGGGAAGGCGAGCGGAUUGUCAAGGCGCAUGCGCGAAGGAGUCCCCCACGCCAGCGGCCCUGGUGUCGUAUGAGCAGGUGCGAGACGCUGGUUGGCUUGGCUGCAUUUUAACACCUACUUCGGUCAAAAAAUGUUAAGAGCCAAGAAUGGACUUCUGCGCCUCUGGCCCUCCCAUUACAGGAAAGCAGCAGGGUCCCAUCUCCAUGAGCACCCUCGGCGUUUGCUCCAUGAGCAGCUACUCCACCCAGAGUGGGUGGCAAUGGCCAAAAAACAGCUAAAGGGCAAGAAUCCAGAAGAAUUAAUAUGGCACACCCCGGAGGGAAUUGCUGUCAAACCAUUGUACUCUGUACGGGACACAAAGGACUUUCCUGAGGAACUACCUGGGGUAAAACCCUUCACUCGUGGUCCUUAUCCUACCAUGUAUACUUACAGGCCUUGGACCAUCCGCCAGUAUGCUGGUUUCAGCACCGUUGAAGAAAGCAACAAGUUCUACAAGGACAACAUCAAGGCUGGCCAACAGGGUUUAUCUGUUGCUUUUGAUUUGGCAACUCAUCGUGGAUAUGAUUCGGACAACCCCCGAGUACGUGGUGAUGUUGGAAUGGCCGGAGUUGCUAUUGAUACGGUAGAAGAUACCAAGAUUCUUUUUGAUGGAAUUCCUUUGGAGAAAAUGUCUGUUUCGAUGACAAUGAAUGGGGCAGUAAUUCCUGUCCUAGCUACAUUCAUUGUAACUGGGGAAGAACAAGGAGUACCUCAAUCCAAGCUGACAGGGACAAUACAGAAUGAUAUACUGAAAGAAUUCAUGGUUCGAAAUACAUAUAUUUUCCCCCCAGAUCCAUCAAUGCGGAUAAUUGCUGACAUCUUUCAAUACACAUCAAAGCACAUGCCCAAAUUUAAUUCUAUUUCCAUCAGCGGAUACCAUAUGCAGGAAGCUGGAGCUGAUGCGAUUUUGGAAUUAGCUUAUACAAUAGCUGAUGGCUUGGAGUACUGCAGAACGGGGCUCCAGGCUGGUCUUACCAUUGAUGAAUUUGCACCAAGGCUGUCUUUCUUCUGGGGAAUUGGUAUGAACUUCUACAUGGAAAUAGCUAAGCUAAGAGCCGGGAGGCGGCUUUGGGCUCAUUUAAUAGAGAGGAUGUUUCAGCCCAAGGACACCAAAUCACUUCUCCUUAGAGCUCAUUGUCAGACUUCUGGAUGGUCACUGACUGAACAGGAUCCUUAUAAUAAUAUUAUCCGCACUACAAUUGAGGCAAUGGCAGCUGUGUUUGGUGGUACUCAGUCCUUGCAUACAAAUUCAUUUGAUGAAGCUUUGGGAUUGCCAACUGUGAAAAGUGCUCGAAUUGCCAGGAAUACCCAAAUCAUAAUACAGGAAGAGUCUGGAAUUCCUAAAGUUGCAGAUCCAUGGGGUGGCUCAUUUCUGAUGGAAUCUCUUACCAAUGAUCUGUAUGAAGCUGCUUUAAAGCUCAUUAAUGAGAUUGAGGAAAUGGGUGGGAUGGCCAAAGCUGUGGCUGAAGGAAUACCAAAACUUCGAAUUGAAGAAUGUGCUGCUCGAAAACAAGCCAGGAUUGAUUCUGGUUCUGAAGUAAUUGUUGGAGUAAAUAAAUACCAGUUGGAAAAAGAAGAAACUGUUGAAGUUUUGGCAAUUGACAACACUUCAGUCCGUAACAAACAGAUUGAAAAACUUAAAAAGGUGAAAGCUUGCCGAGAUGAAGUCGAAGCCCAGCAUUGUCUCACUGCCCUGACGGAAUGUGCUGCCACAGGCCAAGGCAACUUGCUGGCCCUUGCCGUAGAAGCAGCACGUGCAAGAUGUACAGUUGGUGAAAUAACCGAUGCUAUGAAAAAGGUGUUUGGUGAGCAUAAAGCCAGUGAUCGCAUGGUGAGUGGAGCUUACCGUCAGGAGUUUGGGGAGAGUGAUGAAAUUGCUCAAGCAAUCAACAGAGUUAACAAGUUUAUGGAACGUGAUGGUCGGAGACCACGUCUCCUUGUUGCAAAAAUGGGCCAGGAUGGCCACGACAGAGGAGCCAAAGUGAUUGCUACAGGAUUUGCUGACCUUGGAUUUGAUGUGGAUAUUGGCCCACUCUUUCAGACACCCCGUGAAGUUGCCCAGCAGGCUGUAGAUGCCGAUGUGCAUUGUGUAGGUGUGAGUACACUAGCUGCUGGUCACAAAACGCUUGUUCCUGAACUCAUCAAAGAGCUGAAUGCCCUUGGCCGCCCAGACAUUCUUAUCAUGUGUGGAGGUGUCAUUCCUCCUCAGGAUUACGACUUCCUGUAUGACUCUGGUGUUUCCAAUAUAUUUGGCCCUGGAACCCGAAUCCCAAAGGCAGCUAUCCAAGUUCUUGAUGAUAUUGAGAAAUGCCUGGAUAAGAGGCAGCAAUCCAUAUAACCUGUCUCAUAAUAAACCUUCUGUUUCAUGGUGAACCUUAUAAUUUGUGUUAAUGCAAUGUGAUCUGUUGAUAAAAAGAUUUCAUAUUAAAUCAA